AUGUACGUACCGCAGGCUGCCAGCGGACAAGCGGGCGAAGCACACGCACCUGGACUACAUCAAUGGCCAGUUGGGCAAGGAGGAGCACAGGCUCGACAAGAAGCGGAGGCAGGGCCUCAAGGCGCUCGCGUGCUGAAGGACUUGAACCUGGAGGAGCUGCUCGCGUCCAUCGACGCGGCGCUUCUGGCCACGGCUGAGAGGCAGAAGGCGUUGGGAGUCGCCGACGAUGAUGGCAAGCAGCUUGGGCAGCAGGUGUCGUCGGAUGCCGUCGUGCCGGUCAUUGGGCAAGGGGGUCCGCCGUUCGUCGGCGGCGACGACCUCGACGAUAUCCAGGCCUGGGUCGACGAGCUCAUGUGGGACGGUGCCGAGCCGCUUCCGCUGAAUAAUGCCAGCAUGAUGCAGGCUGCGUCCGGCGCGAUCCAGUACAACAACGGCAACGACGUGGACAUGGGCAGCAACCAUCAGUGCCAGGCGCAGACGCCGCCAGGCAAUGGCGAGAACGGCUACUGUAGCCAGCUCCCAUGGCACGCCUACCAGCCGAAUACCACCGUCUCUUACCCUGAUCACGGCUUCCCAUGCACUGGCAACAACUACGGGGACAUGGACGAGUACUCAGAUAUGCCGGUGCCGAGCGAUGCAAAUGCCUACGACGGCUGGUACGGUCAGACCUGGUGGGGCGCCGACGAGUCGUCAUGCCACGCUGCCGUUGCCUUCUUGCCAGCGGCGGCGUCGUACCCGUCCCUGGACAUCGCCGGCAAUCCGGCGUACAUGCCACCGCAGCACGAGCACCCCAGUAUGGGCAUCGGCAGCCUCAUGGAUGCAGGUGGCCACGAGUACGAGACGGGGUGCUUGGCUGAUUACUUGCAGCGCCCGGACGCCAGCCAGCAUUUGGAGACGAGCCGGAGCCGCUGCAUUACCUCAGUGAUAUGGCACAAGGCAUUAGCUAUUAUGAUGAUCUCGAAGCAGGUGGCUGCAGCUCUGGAAGAGCUCAACUCUUUGUUCAAAGUCACAGCUGCUCUGAGACACAGUUUAGUACUAGUUCAGAGCAGUCCCAGUCAGACGUGGGACAUCAGUAUUAGGAUCCAGGAGUAG